AUGAUCAAUUUAAAUGAAUAUUAAUCGAUUUUUGAUUAGUCUAAAAUAUGGCAAAAAGGAACUUAAGAUGUAGAAGUUGAAAUAUGGGAUUAAGUUUAAAAGUAAUUUUUUAAGACCAACAUUCUAAUCACAUUUACCGAAGAUUAUUCAAUUUUCUACUAAUAGGAUGGAGUUAUUUUGAGAAGGUAUAUAAUUAGUCAGUUAUUAGUUUUCAAAGAGAUUCAUUCAAAAUAAACCCUUAGAAUCCUUUAGUAUUGAUAAAUAUGUAAUAAAUCAAAUAUCUUCGAUGGUAAGUUAAAGUUGUCGAUGAGAAAAGAAAUUUAGUAAAGAUUAUGGCUUUUGGAAUGGAGAAGCACAAAUAGAAGUUGGUGGGUACUUUGAGGAUGGAGUAAAAAUAGGUUUGUGGUCGGAAAUAGCCCAAAAUUAUUGGUGGUAAAUUUUAUCCUUUGAUUUAAUUAUAGUAAAUCUCAAGUAUAGAAAAAAGGAGUAUAUAUUAAUAAUCAUUAAAGAGGGUAUUGGAAAUAUAGCUGCAAUAAUAAUAUGAUGUAUUUUUUUGUAAUAAAUCAUAAAGAGGUGGUGGGCAGUGCAAUGAGCAAGGUAUAAAAGUAGGUAAAUGGGUUGAGUUAAGUGAAAAUUUUAAGGAGGAUUCUCAAGUAGUUUAUAAGGGUGAAUAUAAAAAUGGGAAAAAACUAGGUAUUUGGGAAACUUUUUAAAAGUGUAAAUAGAUGUAAAAUUAUAUUAUUAAAAAUAAAAAAACGAAAAUUUAGUGGUGGAUUUUAUUGUGAGUCGAACGGAGUAUCAAUGAAGACUGGAAAGUGGUGUGAAUUGAUUGAUGGAUUUAGUGAUAACUCUAAAGUCACUUAUAUUGGAGUUUAUAAAAAUGGUAUGAAAAUUGGCAAAUGGGAUAUUUGGUGGAUCGAGGAUAAAAAAUAUUAAAUAAUGUAAAUUUUACAAGAUAAAUUUUAGUGGAGGUGGAUCAUAUGAUGAAAUAAGUUCAAUCAAGAAUGGUAAAUGGAUUGAGUUGAAUGAAAGAUUUAAAAAGGAUUCAUAAGUAAAAUAUAUUGGAGUAUACUAAAAUAAUAAGAAAAUUGGUAAUUGGAAUAUUUUUUGGGAAAAUUAAUUGAUGUACAUAUUGAAAAAAAAUUAUAGUGGGGGUGGAUUAUAUAAUGAAGAAGGCUCAUUCAAAAUUGGGAAAUGGAUUGAGUUGAGUGAUAGGUUUUAAAGGAAUUCUUAAGUCACUUAUUCUGGUCACUAUAAAAAAGGUUAGAAAGUUGGAAAAUGGAAUAUUUUUUUUAGAGAGAAUGAUGAAUUUUAUUAAAUGUAACUUUUGAUAUUACUUUAGAGGUGGUGGAAAAUACGAUGAUGAAUGUUCAAUUAAAAGUGGCAAAUGGAUUGAGCCAAAGGAAUCUUUUAAUUUGUAUUCAUAAGUCACUUUCAAUGGUCAAUAUAAAAAUGGUAAAAAAGUAGGUAAAUGGACAAUUUGGAAUAGAGAUUUUAGAAAUGGCGAGAAUUAAUAGAUGUAAGAAUAUUUAUAAAAUAAACUUUUGUUAGUGGUGGUGGAUUAUAUGAUGAAAGUAAUUCAAUGAAAAUUGGAAAAUGGACUGAGUUGAAUGAUGGGUUUCAUUUUAUUUCAUAAGUAACUUAAGUUGGAGAGUAUAAAAUGGAUAAAAAGUCGGAAAAUGGAAUAUUAUGUAUAAGGAGAAUGAGGUUGCAAGCUUUUAAUUAAUGUAAAAAUGAAAGUCAAUAUUAAGUGGAGGCGGAUUAUAUGAUGAAUAAGGUUCAAUAAAGAGAGGAAGAUGGAUUGAAUUGAGUGAUGGAUUUUAUAGAUGGUCUUAAGUAACUUAUCUUGGAGAAUAUAAUGAAUGGAGAAAGGUAGGUGUAUGGAAUAUAGAGUAUGAUGGAAAAAAAAUGUAAAUUUAUAUUUUAGAUGAUUUCUAGAGGUGGUGGAUAAUAUGAUGAAUAAUUUUCAAUGAAAUUUGGGAGCUGGAUUGAACUAAGUGAUGAUUUUUAUGUAGAUUCGCAAGUUAUUCAUAAGGGUGAUUAUAAAAAUGGUAAAAAAUUUGGUAGAUGGGAUAUUUUAUUUCGAUUUAGUGUUAAUAAUUCAUUUAAAUAAAUGUAAGAAUUAAUUUAACAAAUAAUAUUAGUGCAGGAGGUUCAUAUGAUGAAGGAAAUAAGAUAUGA